GAAGAUAUUUUGAAGGAAUUCGAACAAAGCUUCUACACGUUUGGGAAUUAUUCAACGGUGAUCCUGUUAUCUUUGUAUGUUCCAACGUUCAUCAUCGCCCUACUGGGUAAUAUAUUGAUUAUACUGACUGUGCUUGCUGAUGAAACUCUGAGAAAAACCAAGAAUUUCUACCUGAUCAAUCUUGCUUCAUCAGAUUUGUGUAUAACGUUGGUCUGUAUGCCAAUGACUGUGGGCACCAUUGUGUACAGAUUGUGGAUUUAUGGUGAAUUCUUGUGUAAAUUUACAGCAUUUUUACCAGGAGUAGCCGUGGCAUCCAGUAUAUUUACCCUGACGGCGAUGAGUAUUGACCGAUAUGUAUCUAUACAGAGACCAUCUCGACCUCAUUGGGUAACGUCACCAGGACAAGCUGUUUGUAUCAUCAUAUCAACAUGGAUCGUGUCAGGUAUUCUCAUGGGACCUUUACUGUACAUUCGACAGGUCGAUACACUUCCGCUGCCCAAUAAGGCACCUAUGAGAUUUUGCAUCGAAAAAUGGCCCAAAGAUGACGAUCGUCAAGCUUUCGGAAUCUUCCUAUUAUUUGUUGUGUACGUAAUACCUAGUGUAACUCUAGCCCUUUGUUAUGGGCAUGUUGGAAAAGCGUUGUGUACUAAUCAAAUGUUACGAAAUACUUCAGACAGUUCCAAUGAAAGACUUUCUUCACGCAAAAAAGCGGCCAAAAUUUUGAUUGUUAUGGUGUUGGUUUUUAUGGUGUGUUGGUUACCCUAUAAUAUCAUAUCUUUGAGUAUUGACAUUACUCAGGGUAGCGGGCCCAUCGAUGCUUUACCCUUUUCAUUGUGGUUAGGACACGCCCAUAGUGCUAUCAAUCCGGUUAUGUACUGGAGUUUGAAUCGUCGUUUUCGGGAACGUGUUCAGGGAUUGAUG